AGCAAGGAGAAGCGCAUGAGGCUUUGGAGGGUCGGAAGGAAGUUCCAAUGGCUAUUAGCGUUUUGUCUCCCUUGCUGUUUGUAGCUGUGUUUGCUCUGCCAUUCCUGCAAUUAGGCUCAUCUGAUCCUAUCCACCACGUUCAGAGCUUUCGUGUGGAAACGCUGCUACCAAAUCCAAUCUGCAUGCCAUUCAAAGGUUCCGGCAGCAUUCAUGGAAAGUCAGUGGCGCAAGUGGUCAGUCGGUUCGGACCUUGUUCUCCCUUCACCGGCGCCAGUACCGAUCGGAACUUCACCCAACAGCUCCACCACGACAGUGCUCGGACCAGGUGGAUCCACUCGAGGAUGCUGCUGGAUACCAGUAACAGUACAACCCUUCCGGCCACUGCCGGGAUACCAUUAGGUUCUAUGGAGUUCAUAGUAAAGAUCGGACUGGGCACGCCGAAAGAGGAUUUCCUGGUGCUGUUCGACACGGGGAGUGACGUGACAUGGGUGCAGUGCGAGCCCUGCCCAAGCUCCUGCCACUCUCAAGAAGGCCCAAGGUUCGAUCCCUCUGCCUCCGCCACAUUCCAGUACUUCCCCUGCAAUGCAACCCAAUGCCGGGAGCUUGGGAAAGAAGGAAAUGUUGCAGUUUGCGACGCAUCAGUUAGGUGCACGUACCAGGUAAGGUACGUCGAUGGCUCAGAGUCAAGCGGCCAUUUCGGGCGGGACACCUUGACACUAACAAGCAGUGACGUGUUUGGCAACUUCCCCUUCGGCUGUGGCACGCACCAGGUCGGCGAUUUCGGAAGAGUAGCAGGGCUGCUGGGACUGGGAAGGAACAAGCUGUCCCUCGUGUCCACGACAGCCAAGUACCACGACAGCGUCUUCUCCUAUUGCCUUCCAUCCUCCAGCUCAACCGGGUUCUUAACAUUCGGACCUGAUUCAGGGUCCGAAUCCGCUUCAUUUACGAGACUGCUCACGAAUCCCCAAGUGGCAACCUUCUACCUCCUGUCGUUGGUAGCCAUCAGCGUGGGAGGGAAGCCCAUAAAUAUGUCUUCCUCCGAAGGCAUGAUCCUGGACUCGGGCACCGCCAUGACACGUCUGCCGUAUCCGGUGUACGCUGCACUGAAAUCAGCGUUCCAUUCCCACAUGUCCGCGUACAGUUCUGUUCCGGGAACCCACGGCCUGGACACCUGUUAUGACUUUUCAGGGCACACGAGUGUCUUGAUCCCGAGGGUCACGUUUCACUUCGUGGGAGGGACGGAUUUGGAGCUCCAAGCGGACGCUAUCAUGAUCAUUCUCAGUAUAAGCGAGGUCUGCUUGGCGUUCGUUCCGCAGGCGCAGACUGGGAUCUUAGGGAGUUGGCAGCAAAGGAGGACGCUGAUUAUCCACGACCUAGCUCGGUCUAGAAUCGGGUUCGUGCCCAAGGCGUGCAGUUAA